GCGGGGGCGAAUCUUUUGAUCUCCUUAGCCAAUCUAGCCGUAAACCCACCGUCAUUACCAUACCAACAUAUGAAGAAGUUGAGGCCAAUGUACCAAAGCCAGUAUAUAAAUUUCCACAUCCAAAACCUUUAAAACCAAUUCCUCCACCUGAGCCAAUUCCUGGUGCGACGGUACUUCUUCGAGCUUGUGCUACACGAUUGGAUAAAGAGCGUUGGCAUAGUUCAUCUAAUCAAAAGUCUGCACCUACCUGGGAAGAAUAUAUUAAAAUGUAUAAUCAUUCAACGAGUAGUGUUAUUCGCUCUUCUAUUCGUCGAGAUGUGGGUAACUUAGUAAAGAAAAGGAUUACCACGCCGCAGACAUCUGAUAAAUCCUAUAGUAAUUCUUCGCAAGAAAUUCAAGAGAACGAUUAUUGCGAUGAACAUUCUGACAGAGGCUCCAGAGAUGGAGAUGAACCACCAAAUAAACGCAAAAUAUUAAUAUACGACACAAAUCAUACAGAGGUUUCAAAUAGCUGUGACGGCAACGUCGAAACAAUUGAACAAAUCAAUGACACUGAACAUGAAAUUAUCCGUAAAAAAACUCAAUUAACGAUCACUUCCGAUAUGAAUUUCUUUGAACGUCUUAAAAUCCUCGCACCUGAAGCUGCCGCAGUAUAUCAUGAGAUGGAGGUUAUAGAAGAAUCAAUAGAUACUGAUCAAGCUAACACUCGCCGAGUUAAAAAUCCGUACGACAAGAAAGCAUGGUUCAGAAAAGAUACAGAAAAAUUUUAUAAGUUAGUGGCAAAGUGGGGAUAUAAUUAUUCCAAAAUUGCGGACUUAACUGGAAGAACUGUCUCUCAAGUUAGAAAGAAGUUCAUAAAAGAGAAUAAAAUUAAUUCCAAGCGACUCGAUGAUGCU